AUGGCAUAUCGGCCUAUUUCCCAUAUCGCAUUCCUCCGAAAUACGAUGCAAGGUAAGAGAACACUAUUUUUCAUCAAUUUAUCGACAGUCAUGCCUCCGAAAACUAGCGGAAAAGCAGCUAAAAAGGCGGGCAAGGCCCAGAAAAAUAUUUCCAAGGGUGACAAGAAGAAGAAACGGAAGAGGAAAGAAAGUUACGCCAUCUACAUUUACAAGGUAUUGAAACAAGUGCAUCCCGAUACCGGUAUUUCUAGCAAAGCCAUGAGUAUCAUGAACAGUUUUGUGAAUGAUAUCUUCGAACGUAUCGCUGCUGAAGCAAGCAGACUGGCUCACUACAAUAAACGUUCUACGAUUACUAGCAGGGAAAUUCAGACUGCGGUACGGCUUCUCUUACCUGGCGAGCUGGCUAAGCACGCAGUCAGCGAAGGCACCAAAGCAGUCACCAAGUACACCAGUUCAAAAUGAAGUGGAACACAUACGUUCUAACCCAAUAGGUUCUUUUCAGAACCACCAA